GAACUUUACCACAAAACCCUAAUCAAACUCACUGUUCUAGAUCCUUCCAAGAACCUAUGUCCUUUUGUACCAAAUCUGUUUGACUAAAGAAAUAAAAGGGAAAUUUCUAGAUCCUUCUAGGUUUGGCCGAACGCUCCAGACUCCCCCUUCUUAUAUUUCUUUCCUUCUCCUCUCUAUCAAUCUGUUUUCGAGUCUCUUGAUCCCAAGAUACAAUCUUUAUCUCUCAAUCGACCAUUUCAAAUUUCUAGAUUCCGCUCUUACAUGGCCAAGUACGGAGAAGGCGAUAAGCGCUGGAUCGUAGAGGAAAGACCAGAUGGUGCCAAUGUCCAUAAUUGGCAUUGGGCAGAGACCAAUUGUUUGGAAUGGUCGCGGAAUCUCCUCUCCAAGCUUCUUUCUAAUCUCGUUAUUCUUGACGGCGAAGGAAACCUUUUCAUCAAGAUCAAGAAGCUCGAGAAGGUCGACGGUGAGGCCUACGUUAAUGUUCGCAAGGGUAAAAUCAUUCCUGGAUAUGAACUUAAUGUUUCUCUUUCUUGGGAAGGUGAAGCUAAGGAUUCUGAUGGGAAAUCUUUGCUUAAAGUUGAUGGAUCUGUGGAGAUCCCGUAUAUUUCGGACGAGAAUGCUGACGAGGAUCCGGAAAUUAAGGUGACCGUUAAGGAUGAAGGACCAAUUGGAAAAACAUUGAAGGAAGCAAUGGUGGCCAAAGGAAAACCGGUUAUUGAAGAGAAAGUUAGGGUUUAUGUUCAGAGUAUGGCCAAGGGUGGACCUGCUAAGGAUGAAUUGGAAACAAAAAGGGUCGCGCCCAAGGGGCAAUCGACGGCGGUAAAAGAGGAGGUAGCUUCGGCGAAGAUUGCAGCAGGACAGAAGAAGGAGGUGAAGAAAGAAUCAAAGAAAGGGUUUAAAACAAUAAAUCUGACAGAGAAGUUUAGUUGCAGAGCUAGGGAUAUGUAUGAGAUAUUGAUGGAUGAGAAUCGAUGGAAAGGUUUUACGCAGAGUAACGCGAGAAUUAGUAAAGAAGUAGGAGGGGAGUUUAGUAUUUUUGAUGGGUCGGUGACGGGGACCAAUGUGGAGUUGCAGGAUGGGAAGCUCAUAGUGCAGAAGUGGAGGUUCGGGAGCUGGCCUGAUGGAAUUGUUUCAACGGUAAGACUUACUUUGUAUGAGCCUGAACCUGGCCUUACUGUUGUCAAGCUAUUGCACACUGACAUUCCUGAGGAAGACAGAUACGGGAAUGCAACUGUGGCAGAAAACACAGAGAGAGGAUGGAGGGAUCUUAUUUUCCAUAAGAUACGUGCUGUUUUUGGUUUUGGCAUAUGAGCUAUUUUGAUAUUUUCUACAAAGUGUAGAUUUUUUUAUCAGAUUUUCUUUCUCUCGGCAAUGAAAUUUUAAUUAAUGAAUGCUGGGAUUAUAUAACUGUGUGUGGACUGUCAAUGUGGUUGUAGUCUCUUGUGAAACUGGUUGUCUUGGAACUCAUGUUUUCCAAUAACCAAAAUGCUUUGAUGAAUUUGAAGGUUCAAUAGAAAUGACAGAAAAUGGGUGUUCUAUCAAACAA